AUGAUUGUGUUAAAAGUUAUUUUAUUUAUGUUAUCUAUUACUGGGUUGCAAUGCAGACAUCCUGAUAAAGUUUUUUGUGUUAACGAAGGAUGUGAUGAACCAAUAUCAAAAGCCAGAACUUUGUUAAUUUAUACUAGUGUUGACCCGGACCAUAUAUCUUUUCGCCCUAACAAUGAAGCUAUCGUUUACAUGAAAUCAGCUGGCACAAAUCCUGAGUUAUGGUUUGUUAAAAUAAAUGGAAAAUCGGGCUUCGCUAACUCAAAAUUUUUAAGAGAGUACAAAAUGCUAGAAAAGAACCCCCUGAUUGUGGUUUCUUAUGAACCUAAGGCACAAGAAAGUGUUCAACCAAAUAAAGUUAAACAAGCACAUGAAGUGAUUGAAGGCACCACAAUCUAUACUACUGAAGCAGCUGUUAACAGUGCCCAAGAAGAUGCUACAACUGAAUCUCCUGUAAACACUUCUAAUGAAGAUUACACUCCAUCUCUUGACAAUGUAAAGGAGAUGUUAAAUGAAAAGUUUGAUAAAAAUAUUCCUGAUAUACCAGAUGUGGAAACAAAUGAAAAUUCUAUUCCUUUACCUAAUGAUGAAAAUAAAUCAGAGAAUAUAGAUAUUAAAACAACAACAGAGAUUUUAGAACAAACUGAAAAACCAAUUGAAACCGAUCUCAAUAAAUUAAAACAAAAUGUUGAAUCGCCUUCACAUUUUCUAGCAAAACCCUCUGAAGAUUUAGAAGGUGCAAGUACAGAACAGCUAGACAAAGAGGUUCCAAAAAAGCUGUCAGCAGAAACAACUGCUCAACAACUUCUGUCAACUAUUAGUGGUAGCUUAAGUGGUAAGAACUUAGAUAUGCCUGACAAUAAAGAAUUUAAUAGUUUUACUGAUUCUGAGCCUACUGAUAGUGUGGAACAAAAUGUAUCUUUGCCUACCACUAAUACAAAGGAUACGAAAGUAACAGAAGAAAUUGAAACUGAGUCAAGUAAUGUGGCUAAUGGUGAUAAUAAUCCUUUGAAUGAACCUCUAGAAUCAAUCGGGUCAAUAAUUGGGACUGAUCAAAGUAAUAAUGAACCCCUAAGUGUAGGAAGCAAUGAAGAAGCUGCACUCAAAGAACAAUUACAUGAUCAACCUCCGAUUAUAUUACCAACUGCAUCAGUACCUGGAAAAUUGCUUCCGGUAGAGCCUAAAGAAACAGUAUCUACACAGCCACCAUUAAAGUUUCCACCUGCACCAGAAUCAGUGACAAUUUUGCCACCUUCAUCAGUAACAGCCACAAUAACUCCUCCUGCAUCAGAAACAGAUCAAAAUUUACCAUCUCCAGAAACAGCACCAGUAAUUCCCCCUGUGUCAGAAAAUGUCCCAAAUUUACCUCCCUUAGGAACAGUACCAGUAAUUCGUCCUGUAUCAGAAAACGUCCCAAAUUUACCACCCUUAGAAACAGUACCAGUAAUUCCUCCUGUGUCAGAAAACAUACCCAAUUUACCACCCUCAGGAGCAGUACCAAUAAUUCCUCCUGCACCAGAAACAAUACAAACAUAUCCAUUUAUAAAAGAUACAAAACCAGCUUUACUGUCUACUACAUCAGAAACUAUUCCCCCUCUUUAUUCUGAAACACCUCAAUCUAUACCUGAAAAUGGACAGGACACUACAACUUCUACACCAGAUUAUAACUUUGAAGAAACAGAAGAAGUACCAACUAUACAAGAGCAAUCAAUAGAAGUUGAAAACACUCCUUCCACACAAGAAUUUGAAGAUAUUCUAAGCUCAACAACAGAGACUCCUGUAGAAGUUGAAGAUACACAAGGAUUCAUUUCAAAUGUGUUCUCUACAGUGGCAGAUAUUUGGCCAUCAUCAUCUGAAGCUCCUCCGCCUAUUUAUAAUACAGAAGACCAUCCUUCAUAUGAGAGUGAAAAAAGUGAAAUAGCAGAAGAAAUUAAUGAAGGAUUUUCUUUUACGAAGUAUAUUAUGUCUUUGUAUUUUUCAGUUAUGGGCACAAGUGAAGAAACAAAAUCAUUGUUUGCUUCAGUUGGUGAGACUUGUUACAGUGACAAAUACUGUGAUGGCACGUCAAAUGAUGGUACCAACCGACUGCUAACUUUCUUAUUGACAACUGCUAGUUCUGUUCUUCUGUUCACACUAGGAUACUAUUACAUAGACAAUAGGCGACAGGAUGGUCGUCUUAUCGGUCAAAUAAAUUCUUUGCAGCGCGAUUUGCUUUUCAGUUCUAAGGAAUGUGAAAUACUUAAAGAGGAACUUUCAUCCACUAAAAGUAAGUUGGCUGGAAUCGAAGACAGUUCUUUUGGAAUGGAUGAUAUGGUUCAAUCGCUUAAAGAGGAAAUCAAUGAGCUUAAGGCCACUAACGAUAGACUACGAAAUUCUUUAGAUGAUAAUGAGAAGUUGCUCAGGGUAUCAGAAAAUACGGCUGGAGAGUUGCAAAAUACUUUAAGUGAAGUCGAGAAUACUCUCAGUGAGCUCUUGGCAGAGAGAGCUAAUUCUGAAGAGCAGAUAGUCGAAUUAAAUGGUAAGGUGCAGGCGUUUGAGGAGGAGUUAAUUUCGGUCAGUCGCGACAGAGAUAAUUUCCAAUUGAAGUAUGUAUCAGCUGAAAGUGGUUUAGAAGAGUUCAAGAAGCAGAAAAAACAAUUGGAGGAUGUGAAUCAACAACUGAAUGAAGCGAAAAAUACUAUAGAAUUACAAAAACAUGAAAUUGAUGCUUUGAAGGAUGCUAUCAGAGAAUUGAAGAGUGGAAUGCCGUCCAAUGUAGAUGUAACAUCUCUCAUUGAUCAUACUGAAAUCAAAGCGAAAUUAUCAAAAGCACUACAAGAAAGAAAAACAUUUGAGACUAAAUAUGAGGCAGAACAUAAAGAAAGAAGUCGUUUAUCCGAGGAAUUACAGACUACACAAGAAACAUUGCACACUACUAGUCAAAAUGCUACUGAAGCACUGACCAGGUUGGAAGUGUUAGGAAAAUACUUCCAGGAAAGGGAAAGUGAACUUUUGAAAGAGCUUAGUGCCAAAGAAUCGUUAUGGCUUAGUAAGCAGGGUGAAUCAGCUAGCACUGUAGAAAAAAUAGAGCUACUACAGCAAGAAGUACAGAGAUAUAAAGAGAAAUGCGAUGCUCUAACUCUGGAGCUGGCCGAGCAGGAGUCGUCCCGGCGCGCGGCGUUGAGCGCGUUGGAGGCGCGUGCGCAUGCGGCGUGGCUCGAGGCGCGCGCCUGCAAGCGCGACGCGGACGCGGCGCGGGACGAGGCGGCUGCGCUGCGCCGCAAGCUCGUGGCGCUCUCCACCAUGCCCACUGCCGACGGCGCCGUGUCUCCGCACCACAAAGUAUCAUCUCCGCUAGAAAAUCUAGAAAAUCCGGUGAUCCCGCCGCCGUUGCCUCCGAUGUUCCUGCCACCGCCGUUACUGCCGCCACUGCCGAGGCCGCCUCCACUCGGCAGGUUACCAUCACCACACCCACCAAGGUACGGUGAUCGCCGCUACUCACCCGAAAGUCGGUACUCGCCUGACAGUCGCUAUUCCCCCGAAAGCCGGUACUCGCCCGAGACAGUGCGGUACUCGCCCGACAGUCGCUACUCGCCUCGACCGCGCCGCUCACCCUACUCGCCGCGCUCCAGGCGACGAUCGAGAUCUAGGGAGAGGUACGAACAAAGUCGCGGGACGAGGUCUCGUAACGGUCCAGCGGACACAGAAACAGAAUACAAUUCCGACAGUCCGUCACGGGAGCCGCGUAGACGUGCUAGAUACUCAAGACAUUCAGGUCCAAGCUCAGGGUCUGGUUGUUCAUCAGAAUCGGACAAAUAA